UGAGUGCCUAGCAUGCCCGUGGAUGUGUCGGGGGUUUUGGCCCAAGCCCAAGGCCGGGCCAGCAGUCUGCCUACCUGUCAAGUGGAGAGUGGUCCUUUGGAAUGGGUCUUAGACCCGGGACAUCUUUUGAUCAGCGAUCCCAAUGCUUUAGGCGAUACUCACUCCGUGGAACAAGGGAACCAGUUGGACGACAGGGCCCGAAAAAAUGCCCAGGUGUUGAUGAAUCGCGUGUUCAGUUUGCCCAUUGUGCGGGUCGAAGAAGUCACGUGUGUGGCUCUACCCGCCCCGGUCACGCCUUUACCGCGCGAAAAGCCCAUUCCCAAGCCCAAACCGUUGACCAAAUGGGAGAAGUUCGCCCAGGAGAAAGGUAUCGUGCAGAAGAAGAAGACGCCCAUGGUUUGGGACGACGUGGUCAAGGACUGGAUUCCCCGCUUUGGCUACAAGAAAGCCGUGGCCGAACAGACCAAGAAUUGGAUGAUGCCCUACAAGGGCAACGCGCCGGACGAUGAGGAUCCAUUCGAAAAGGCCAUUGAGAGCAAACGAGAACGCGUGGCCAAGAACGAGCUCCAAAGGCUGCGCAACGUGGCGCGCAACAAGAAGGUGAAAAUCCCCAAAGUGGGCGUCACCCCCAUGGUGGAGAAACAGACGGGCAAGAACCCCAAUGACCUGAAGAAGGCCGCGGAAUUGGCCAAGAAGUCUACGGCCUCUUUGGGCAAGUUCCAGCCCAAUUUGCCCGGUUCCCUCGAAAAGAACAUCAAGCCGUCCCAAGGCAAGAAACGCAAAUUCGACCCCUUGGUCAGUGCCACCGAGAAGGACAAGAACAUGAAGAUCCUACAACAGAUCACAUCCAAGGCUCCCAAGUUAGACCUGAAAAAGGCCGUUGGGCGGGAAAUGUUCCACCAAGAUCAAGAGCGCGAAACCUCGAAGAGACAAACGGCCGGGAAAAAAGGCAAAGGACGAUUUAACAAGAAGAGCGGCGAGCGCGCCAAAAAGGGCAAAGCCAGUGGCAGGGGCGGCAAGCGACGAUAAUUGGUGGCCAGCAUUUUCGCGGAUUGACAUUGGAGCAUUGGCGAUGAUUUGAAAUAAUGAAAAGAAUACAUGUUCAUUCAGAGA